AUGCGACCGAGUGUUAAACCGGAAUUUGGAAAACAUUUUAAUUCAUCGGUACAAGUUGAAAUUGUCAAACCAUCCAUGGAGAAUCAUUCCCGAAAAUUUAGUUUAUUAUCUCCUUUUGAUGUUGCAUUUCCACCUUCAUUUUAUUGCUUCUUUUUCGAAGGAUAUUUGGAUCGGAACUUGUUUUUGCAAGCAAUGUCAAGAGUGCUCGAUGUGAUUCCUUCAUUAGGUGGUAGAAUAAUGCAGUUUCAUUCCAUGCAAGAAAUUUCCAUAAAAGCAUCAGAGUGGUUCAACGGGUUAGAAAAUUUAGAAAAAGAAGUGAUCAAGUCAAGACUGCAAAUAGGUAAAAAGCCUGUUCCAGUGUUUGACUUGAGAAAUGUUCAACUCGAAGUCGCAUUUCUCGAUGAUGACACCAUUCAAACAAAUGAAACAGGUCUAUUGAGCGCUACAGAGCUAGCGAAACAUCUUGCAAUUCUGGGCUCAUUCAUGACCUCUGGUCCGGUUAAGGUAGUUCAUUCUAAUCCAUCAGAACCACUCACAAGAUUUCAAGUCACAUAUUUGAGGAAAUCAAACAAGACAGCUCUGAGUUUAUUCAUGGACUAUGCUGUUGGAGAUGCAGCUGCUGUAUCCAUGAUUAUUAAGUUGCUAGGAGAUGAAAUGUCCUCCCUUAGAAAUGAUCCAGUAUCAUCAAAUAAUUCUAACAAAUCUCAAAAAGAAAAUAAGGAGCUGCCAAUACAAAACUCAACAGCUUUCUUUAAAUAUGUGUACAAUCGAGAGGAAGAGAAAAUUGAUGAUUUUGCUUACUCUUAUUAUGAUCCCACCGCAUGCUAUUCAUUCUACAGGGCUGAGAUUGUCAAGCAUUUGGAAAACAAUAACAAAAAUACUUCGAAAAUUAUUGCCAAAGAAGUGACAGUCACAAAAAGACAAUUAGAUCUAUUGAAGAAAAAAAUUAUUGCAGAAAAUAGAGAAUUAGAUGGCGUUAAGCUCACUAGCAAUGAAAUUCUGUCUGCCAUUCUUCUAAAAACGCUUGCAGUGGGAGACAAGCAAAACAGAUUCCACAAUGAAAAACUACUAACCUUACGUUACUUAGCAACCUGUAGAGAGAGAUGUGAAUUCAUUGAUUCUAAUUAUUUCGGUAAUGCAUUCGGAGUCAUUUUCAACAGCAGAACCAAGAAGCAGUUACUCGACGCAAAAAUUAGUGAUAUUGUACUUUAUUUGAAGCAAGUCGCUCAAAGAACUGUUGAUCAUCACGUUUACUGGGAAGGAAAAAUUGAGGAAAUGUGUCAACGUUAUUUUGAUCCAUUGCAAGUAGAUUUUGGUUUUCCAGCUUUUGAAGGCAAUGACAACUACAUGGGAAUUACGAAUUGGGUAAAACCCAUGAGUUCUAUUGCCGAGCAUUUCAGUGACAAGUCUUUCCUUGGUGUUAGCACUCUCUGCAUGCCUCUCCCUCAUGUAAAUAAGAUUUUACCUGCCUCAACAAUGUCUUCUGAGGGAGGUUUGAGACUAGUUUUGUCCCUCUAUGAACCCGAAUAUUUAUAUUUUGUCAGCGAAAUUCCCAAGUAA